AUGUCAUCGGUUGAUGAAGAUUCGAAGCAGCAGGUGCUUAUAGAGACUCCUGUUGAUUCAGAAGCAGAGGACGACGAUGUAAUCCAAGAUUGGUCGGACGCUGCAAAAUUAUCAAAAAAAACUACACAAACAUCUCUACCGAAAAGAGGUGAAAAAGAUUACGAACCGGAUGGCACCGAUGUUCAGGAUCUGCUACUCUAUAGAGCUAGAAAAGCCAUGUUUGAUACUCUGUAUAAUGCGGCAAGGGGGACAACGUUAAAUAACCAAGUCAAGGCUUAUUAUGUUCCAGCUUUCAGCGAAGCUGUCAUACCACAGCCAAAGGGUAACUUUCUGCAGACAAUUGGAAAAUCUGAUAGUAACGGUAAAUGUUGGUUGCAACUGCAUGAGUUUGUGUACCUUGCUGAAAGGGGAACAAUAGCGCCUUACUACUGCAAAUCAUUCCCCAUAAUUUCAGGAACUGAAAAUCAAGACUUUGAAAUUCCUUUAAGCAUGCAAGAUCUGUAUUCUUUUUUCAAAUCGCAGCACGAGAUGGAUAGGUAUUUCGUAUAUGCGCAUUUGAAAAGGCUAGGAUUCAUCGUUAAGCUCACAGAGGACCAUUCAACGGAUUACACAACUUUCUUUGCUCCUUCCGGGGACUCCAAGGUGAAACGAAAACUGCGUUUAGCAUUUCGUAGCGUUCUAAAUUUCUGGAAUAAACAGAAAUGCCUUGCGCUAAAUACAUUCUUUUAUGGAAGUUGGAAUUUCUUGAUACGAAAAUUUACUUCCACGCCGCAAAUCUAUCUGGGUCUCUCUAAGCUUAUACCGACUUGCACACCUCCAAAGACCAUAAAGGACCUUCAUAGAGAAAGGUUUCUAGCUUCAAAAAAGGAUACCGUCCCACAUCUAGAAUUAGUGUUUGACCUGUGGAAACCGCAAACUAAUUUUAAAAAGAAAAGUCCAGGGUUGCCGGAUUUUCAAGUUGUGAUCCACAAUAAGAAUGAUGCGAACCAGCAUUUUCCUACAUAUUCAGAUUUUAGAGAAUUAUUCCAUUCGUUAGACUACAAAUUUGACUUUUUAUCGGAAAUCGACGAUGAUAUCUCAUGGAACGACCACUGUUAUACCAAUGGUGUGCUUAGAAGCGAGUACCUCUCCUCUUUGAAGUCAAAGGCUGUUCAAAUGAAAUCAAGUAUUCAUAAUAAAAUGUUGCGAUCUAAAAGAGGUAAGCCUAUCAAGUCAUGUUCACCAGCUGCUCUUCAAACGAAGCGCUUAAAAAGUGGCUAUCGUAGUUUUCUUGUCGCAGUUAUGGAUGGAGGAUUGAUCAGUUUUGUAAAAAUCUCGGAGGCUGAUUUUGGAUCUGAGAAUGUUUGGUAUGUGCCAUCUUCUUCAUUAAAGAGGAAUAAAGGCAGAAAUCGAAAAGUUAGCCAGCGAUAA